AUGAAAAAGUUUAACGCGAAGGAGAAAGAUAAGUUCAAGAAGCAGCAAAAGAUGGAGCCUAAAAUGAGCUUUGCAAUGAUGACCAAAGCGGAUCGUGGUAGGAGAGUCAGAUUCGUAAUUGACUCAGGAACAAGCGACCAUAUGGUUAAUGACGAGAAGCUGCUGGAAGAUGUCCAAGAAUUAGAGAAGCCAAUCACCAUUUCGACGGCGAAAGCGGGCCAGAAUUUACGGGCUACAAAAGUUGGAAAAAUGCGAUUAAAGAGUGUUGUGGGAGAACAGAACGAAGACGAGGAUGCUGCUAUACAUCCUUCUGAUGAAGAACAGCAUGAAGAAUGCACACUCAUCGAAACAGAGCAAGAUAAUCUAGAUUCACUUGAAGAAUCAGUUGGCGAAACUGACUAUGAAAGUACAAAUGAAAAUCCAACAGACGAAAGAGAGGACGUCGAUGAUGGUCAAUCAUUGCGUCGAAGCAAGAGGGAGAGAAAGAUACCGGGUUGGUAUUCGGAUUAUACAGCAAAAACAGCAAUGAUUUUCAACGAAGAGAUUCCGCAAACUAUUGAGGAUUUGAUUGGCAAGAAUGGAAGCAUGCUAUUCAAGAAGAUGUCUACUUCCAAAGAGUUGCUCUCCGAGAAAUAUGACAUCGAGAUUCAAAAACCGCUCAAACCGAGAAUCAAAGUGACUGGAAUCUCGGAAGAGUUUUCCCAGGAUGAAAUUAUUGGAAAACUAAAAGCACAGAACAGUCUGCCGGAAUCCUGUGAGCUUAAGAUCGUGAAAUCACAGAAACGAGAGCAUGUGAAGAACAAUCCCUUUGUAAUAACAUUGGAAACUGAUGCCAACACCUACAACUGCUUGCUAAAACUUCAACGUGUCAACAUUGGCUGGGACCGCUGCCGAAUCUUCGAAGACGUCGAUGUUUUCCGAUGCUACAAUUGCUCUGAAUAUGGCCACAAAGCACAGGCCUGCUCCAAGCCAGUAUGUUGCCCAAAAUGUGCGGAAGGCCACAAAGCCAAAGACUGCGAAGCCGCUAACGCGAAGUGUGUGAACUGUGUUGGAAUGAAUGCAGCAGCACAGUCUGCCACCGAGAAAAUGAGCGAGAAUCACGCUGCGUGGAGUUUGGAUUGCCCGCUUUAUUCAAGGCGCCUAAAGCUGGCUAGAUCGAGGAUUGAUUACUCGUAG